UAAACAAUGACUGUCAAUUAUUCAAGCGAUCUGUUAAGAAAUGUUCAUCAGAAUAUUCUUCUACCGGAAAUUGGUCAAAGUUUCUUGGUUAAAGGAGAUUACGAAUAUUGGCAUUAUUGCUGCGAUGGUUUUAAUGAUAAGGGUUGGGGUUGUGGAUAUAGAACAUUGCAAACAAUAUGUUCGUGGAUUAUCGAGAACGGGAACUUGGGACAAUCCGUUCCAAGUAUCAGACGUAUACAGGAAGUGCUCGUCACGCUGAAUGACAAGGAACAACCAUUUAUUGGAUCGAGGGAAUGGAUAGGUAGUUUUGAAGUAUGUCUCGUGUUGAAUCAUUUAUACGACAUUCUCAGUAAAAUUGUGCAUAUUCCAAAUGGUAAAGCAUUGCGGGACCAUAUUCCUACCAUUAAGAAACAUUUUGAGGAAUUUGGUAGUCCAAUUAUGAUGGGCGGAGACCAGGAUUGUUCCAGCAAAUGCGUUUUAGGAGUCCAUGAAGGGUCCAACAAUAUAUAUUUUUUAAUCUUGGAUCCACAUUUUAUCGGUAGAGCACGAACGACCGAACAAUUGAAAAAUUAUCAUUGGAUAAAAUGGCAAAAUUUGAAUAAUUUUAUCGACAGUUCUUUUUACAAUCUAUGUUUGCCUCAAGUUAAGUUUGUAAAUAGAAAUAAUAAAUAAUCUUCAAGUAUA